UCCUCCGCUGCGGGUCUUAUCAGUUUCCCCGUCGCAUGUUCUGAUUUCAUCCGUCGCACGCGGGAUUUGCAGUUCAUACAGGGUACAGAUCAUUGAUGAUGUUAACUGAGCAGUUGCUGCAGUGAUGUCCCGUCCUCCUCCAGACCCACUGUUCAUCCUGAGGGGUUCAGGGGCCACAGUGAACAGCCUGCACUUCUGCUGUGGUGGGGAUGGGCCACCAUAUCUCUACUCUGGGUCAGGUAAAGGUGCAAUCCAUAUGUGGAACCUGACAACCAGGAGAGCAGAUCACAUUCUAGAGAGCCAUGCUGGGAACUCUGUUAUCUGGCUCCACACUUUCAAAGACAGCAGAAGCAGAUUUGUCAGUCAGGGCCGGGACUCGCGGGUGUGUGUGUGGGAUCUGUCUGAAGGCCGCAGCACAGUGACGGACUCUCUCCUCACGGGCAGUGUGGGGUUCUGUCAGUGUUCUCUGCUGGAGAGCCGACCCGGGACCGCUCUACUGGCCCACCCCACAGAAAACACGGAGGAGGUGAGUGUGGUGGAGAUGAGGAGCUGGACUCCAGUUUGCACUCUGAAACCAGAUUCAAAGCUGGGGAUGCUCAUGUGUGUGAAGAUGUGGCAGGCUGAUUCUGGUCCGGUUCUGUGUGCCGGUUAUGAGGACGGCUCUGUGGUGUUAUGGGAUGUUUCCCAUCGCCGUCCGUUCAGCUGUCUGAAGGCACAUCCUGAGCCAGUCAUGUGUCUAGACAUUGAUGUAUGCAAGCAGAAAGGCAUCUCAGGGUCUUCAGAGAAGAUCCUCCAAUCCUGGACCCUUGACAACCAGCAAAACCUUCAGAUGCACGACUCCGUUCAGAUGACCAAUCCUGGGGUCUCCCAGCUACGUAUCCGUGCAGACGGAAAGAUCCUCGCGACUGCGGGAUGGGACAACAACAUCAGAGUGUUUGGCUGGAAGAAACUGAAGCCAUUGGCUGUUCUGCAACAUCAUACUGACAUGGUGAAUACUGUGGCUUUCUCAGACCAUCAGGACCCCCCACAGAGACUUCUGGCCGCAGGGUCCAAGGACCAGCGGAUCAGUGUGUGGUCUAUAUAUAGCGAAAGUUGAGUUUGAAAGACAGAGGCCCACUUUACCAUUUCCUUCAAACUGAUUGUUGCAAAUUACUCUGACUUUAUUUACAUACUUGAACAUGGUGCUAAUAUAUUUUCUUUGAAUGAAAGCGCCUAAAUUAGUGGCUGACUGCCAUUCAGAGGCGGAGCUACAACAUAGUCAUUUAGAAAGACGUGUAGCAGUGUUGCCGUUACUUGUUUGUCUAAAUGAAUGAGUUCUUAUUGGUAAAAUGCUUCAAAAUCAAACAAAAAAGCAGCUAAUAUAAACACAAUCCAAGUGUUUUGUAGUAGUUUACCACAAUCGCGAUAGUUAUUUAGACAUGUUUUAUUGUCAAAGGCAGAGCUUAAACCGUCCUCUCUGAUCUGUUUGCUUUACUCCAAGCUGAUGUGCUUCAGUAGGUGUGUAUUUGCUCUUGUAGUCGCACCUGAGUGGCAAAGUAAUCCAGCGCUGUUUUUCCAAAUUUGCCUCCAAGUUUAAGAUUGCCCUCUGGACUGACCUGCAUACAUCACACAGGGUUAAUCACAAGGGCUCGGGCUUCACAGACAGGCCUGUUUGUUAGAAAGAUUCAUUGAGCAAGUUUUGUUUCGUUCUUCCCUUUAAGCACAGGAGCUGAUGAAGGCAGCUUUAUUUUCAGCCUAAAGACAAGGUUGACCUCUGUGUUCGGAUGUGGCUAAAAGACAAACUAGUUAUUUUUGCAUUUAUUGCUUUUUCUCUGUUAAUACAGCGCGGCUCACUCACCAGAGCAUUUUUCUUUUUGUUUACUUUUUUGUACUUUUCUGUUUUUUUUGUUGUUGUUUUUUUACACACACAUUAAGAAAAGUGAUAUGUAGUAUUGUUUUCACUAUUUCUAAAUAAGAUUCUUAAGUAUGAAUUGGAACCAACCAAGUCUUAUUCAAAACCAGCUCCGAUUUAGAUGUUUUGGUUCAGGUUUGGUUCUUUUAAUGAUUUGAGAAUGAACGACUUAUGAACUGAUUCUUUUUGGUUAAUCAAUCAAUACGUAAUAAUCAGUGUAGUGUUAUUUUCUAAUGGCUUUUAUGAACUGAUUAUUUUGGUGUAUCAUACAAUAAACCAUGACCCAGUGUGCUUUGA